AAGCAUCUCACUGCAGCCUACAUUAUUAAAUGCAUUACUGUCGUAGAUACAAGCGUUAGAUAAGUAAGAUAUUUCAGUUAUACAUGAGGAUUAUUUAAUAGUCUGAAAUUUUUUGUGCGAAAGUGCCGACGUGAAGACCACAUUUCUCUCUCGUUCAGAACAUCUAUUUUUAGAUCUCUUGUAUAUUGCUGAUUUGCCGCUUAAAGUUGGCAACAUUCCAAGUCAUACUAAGAUGAGGCGGCGGUGUUUCCGAAGGUCGAAUCAUUGUCAUAGUGAAUUGCUAAAUACAUCAAGUGGUCUCUGUAACCUUGCCGCUUAGUUCUCUUUUUUUUCCACAAUUAGAAAGCAAGAAAAUGUUUCGCACAGUAUUAAGACACUGCCUCGCCAAACUUGAAAGACCGUAUUCUACAGCAACAUUACCUGUACCAAACACAAACCCAGAGAUUUUGUAUACUGGGAUCUUCAUCAACAAUGAAUGGCAUAAAUCAUUGUCAGGGAAGACAUUUCAGACCUUGGAUCCAGCAACAGGUCAGGUUAUUGCUGAAGUGCAGGAAGGAGACAAGGCAGACAUUGACAUUGCUGUGAAGGCUGCAGCAGAAGCAUUCAAGCUUGGUAGUCCAUGGAGACGCAUUGAUGCGUCAGAGCGAGGAAAUCUGCUCUAUCGGCUGGCCGAUCUACUUGUUCGGGAUCGAAUAUAUCUGGCAAGUUUGGAAACUUUGGAUAAUGGUAAGCCAUACAGUGCAGCUUAUGCCUUUGACAUACCAGCAGCCGUAAAAACGCUGCGUUAUUAUGCCGGUUGGGCAGACAAAAACCACGGCAAGACAAUUCCGUUGGAUGGUGAUUAUUUCUGUUACACCAGGCAUGAACCCGUCGGUGUGUGCGGUCAGAUCAUUCCAUGGAACUUCCCAGUCCUAAUGGCUGCGUGGAAACUUGGCCCCGCUCUGGCAACUGGGAAUGUUGUUGUUCUGAAGCCAGCAGAACAGACACCUCUGACAGCUCUUUACAUCGCUCAUCUUAUAAAAGAAGCUGGAUUUCCAGCAGGAGUCGUGAAUGUUGUACCAGGUUACGGUAAAGCAGGAGCUGCUCUGGUCGAGCAUAAUGGCGUGGACAAGGUGGCAUUCACAGGAUCUACCGAGGUUGGAAAAUUAAUUCAGCAAGGUGCGGGUCAGAGUAACUUGAAGCGUACCACAUUGGAACUGGGUGGAAAAUCUCCAAAUAUUAUUUUCAGCGAUGCAGAUCUUGAUUAUGCUGUGGAGCAAGCUCACUUUGGACUUUUCUUCAACAUGGGGCAGUGCUGUUGUGCCGGUUCCCGGACGUUUGUCGAGGACAGUAUCUACGAUGAAUUCGUAGAGAGAAGUGCUGCUCGAGCUAAGAAUCGAACUGUCGGCAACCCAUUUGACCUCUCAGUAGAACAAGGACCACAGGUGGAUGGGGAACAGUUAACGAAGAUUCUUAAUUUGAUAGACUCUGGGAAAAAGCAAGGAGCCAAGUUGGUGGCUGGAGGCAGUCGUCACGGAGACAGAGGUUACUUUAUCCAGCCAACAGUGUUCGCCGACGUUAAGGACGGCAUGACCAUAGCUAAAGAGGAGAUUUUUGGACCAGUACAGCAAAUAUUGAGGUUCAAGAAACUUGAUGAGUUGAUUGAGAGAGCCAACAACACAGAAUAUGGCCUAGCGGCUGCCGUGUUUACGAAGGACGUCGAUAAAGCACUUCAUCUGGUACAGGGCAUUCGUGCAGGAACUGUAUGGGUGAACUGCUAUAAUGUAUUGGGCUCCCAAGCUCCUUUUGGUGGAUUCAAGAUGUCCGGAAAUGGACGUGAAAUGGGAGAAUAUGGACUGGAAGCUUAUACCGAAGUAAAGAGCGUUAUUGUCAAGGUUCCACAAAAGAACAGUUAAACACAUUGGCCUUGAUUGUAUGAAAUAUUCAGCUGGGAAUCGCUUCGGGAUUUGAUAUCAGGUACAAAAUAAUGAGAUUAAUCGAUCAUGUAAUUUGCAGGACAUGUUAGAAUUCUAGGGGAUAUGAGGGUCCCAAAAAUCACAUCUAUUGUAUCCUCUUCCACAGGUGCAUUUGUUAACGCAUGCAAGAAAGGCUAAUGUCAUUUAGAGGUAAGUGGUAGCGAUACGGAUUUUACAAUCUCAGUCCGUUCGUAGCAUCAUAUAAAUGUUCCGCGUUGCCAAAACUAUCUUUUCAGGAUGAGUGAAACAAGUUAGUCACGAAUAUUCCAAAGAUUAUUUCUUGAGACUUCUACCAGUGGUCAAAAUCAGAAAAGAAUGAGUGAUGGUAAAUACUUGUGUAAUGAAAAAAUGCAUUUCUGAUAAAUAAUUAUGUGUAAUGGAAAGUAAAAUGUGUAAUUAUUGUGCAAGUUGUAAACAAAUUAAAAUGUUCAAUAACUAAUCAUUAGUUAGCAGGUAUUAUAUAAAUGACAGUUCCUAAUUUAAA